GUGAUAAUUAUCUAUUUGACGUUAAUGAUGUUUGUCGAAAAACUGUGACCAAAGAUAUCAGGACGAAAUGUGGCACAUAAAGUUGCUGUAUUUACCAAUGAUGUCGUGGAAGAUAGCAUUCAGAGACUGUGAAUAUUCUCCAAAAGAACUUAUGAUAUGGUUCAGUGAGAACCUAGCUCCAGCAGAAUUAAAGAAGCUGCGCAACAAACAACGUAAGGCAUUACGCAAGGCUGAACGAGAGAGACAGCAGGCGGCACAAGCACAGGAAAAGCGUGAACAGCACAACAAGUCGAGGCAGCAGGCUGCAGACGCUGGUGGCGGCGCAGGUGGAGAGCCUGAUGCACCACCACAAGAUGAGUUGGUGCCUGACAAGCUAGCACGUGCCCCAGAUCCUCUGCAGCAAGCUAUACGUUUCCUGCAGCCACUGCAACUACUUGCUGCUGAUCACAUAGAGACCCAUCUCAUGGCAUUUGAGAUAUAUUCCAGAAAACGAAAACCACUGUUGAUGCUGCAAGCAAUGAAGCGUGCAUAUCGAUUGGAGCCAGAACAUCCAAAACUACACUCGUGUCUUAUUGUGGGCCAUGGACUGCUGGAGAGGUGGCAGGCCACGUUGGACCCUGCAGUUGCUACUGUGUUGCGACAGGAGAUGCUGCCAAUUUUUCGUGGACGUGAUCCUCAUCAGAUGAAUGUGCAGUUCCUUGCAGCACACUCAAAUUCCCUCCAAUCACUCAUUGAAGGUGCCAAAAUGAUGUAUCGUCUUGACCCAUCUAAACAAGAGACUGCACUAAAAUUGGUUACCAAAUUGGAUAAGGAUAUUGCUGACGUAAAUCUACAGAACUGCACAGAAGUACUUCGCCUGCUGAAGACUGGUGAGCUGGGAACCUGCUCUACGACCACACUGGCACACUACACAGCACGUUGUCACUCUCUCUUCCCAUACGCACGUGCUUUUCGUCCUGCAGAGGCCACCAAUGCUUCAAACAACCACAUUACUGAAAACUGUGUCGGGAACAUUGUCAACUGAUGCCGGAUUGCAGCCAUUGCUUGGAGCAAUGGGAUUUCAAGUGCUACCCUCGGUAUUACUGACUGAGUGCAGACCACUCCGACAGUCCAGGUCCGGGCAUGUUGCCUGAUAUCAACUUACAGCACUGAGAAUAUGACACAUUGCUCUUUAAAUUUUAGAAUGAGCUGUCUUUUUUUUCCAGUUUAUGCACGUGUGCGGAAUCUCCAGUACACAUUUUAAAAAUUCGUAGUUGUGUCAGUCUUUCAAAAACGUUCGUGUAACUUUUUUUUUUUUUUUUU